CGCGUGCGCGUGCGCACUACGGCGGGGACGCCAACGCUGGAACGUGGGGGUUCUGGCGCACCUCCGCGGUGAGGCAUGGCGGGCGCGGGCCCCGUGUCGAGUGUACUGGGGCUGCUGCUUGUGUCUGCGGUGUUUGGGGUCCUAGGAGAGCGCCCCAGCCCCGAUCUGGGGGCACACCCAGAACACCGCUCCCAGGUCGGUCCCGGGGCCACCGAACCCCGGCGGCGGCCGCCACCGAAGGACCAGCGCGAGCGGGCCCGGGCCGGAGCGCUGCCUUUGGGGGCGCUGUACACUGCUGCCGUCGUGGCUUUUGUGCUGUACAAGUGUUUACAGGGCCCGGAUGAGGCUGCCAUUCUCCAAGAGGAAAAGAAGAAGAAACCCUUGCAGGCAGAGCAACAGCUGGUGCAGUUGACACAACAGCUGGCCCAGACAGAACAGCAUCUCAACAAUCUCAUGACCCAGCUGGACCCCCUUUUUGAGCGGGUGACUACACUGGUUGGAACCCAGCGGGAACUCCUCAGCAUGAAGCUCAAGACCGUCCACCAUCUCCUCCAAGACCGCAAGCCUGACACGGGUGUGCAAGUUCCAAGUAUACGAUCACAAGGUGAUGGCCGGGAGACAAAGCCCGCGAGACUGUAUCCAGCUCAUCUUUCCCUCACAGAGGUCAGCAUACCCUUUCCUGAGGACUUGGGGAAAGAGGACCAACAAGAAGCUGGGAACAGUCAGACCUACGAGGGGCCCAUAAACUGGAGCUCAGAUUCAUGGAACCUAGCUCCUUCGUGGGAGGUGGAGCAGGGACUGAGGCGUAGAUGGCACAAGACUGUCACAAAGGACCCAGCGGUGAAGGGGGGCAGCCACUGAAGGGUCAGUAAAACCAAGUCACCUUGCCCUGG